UCUCAGAUCGAUAUCAGCAAAAUCAAGUCAUUGAAUUGGUUGUUAGGUCACUGUACCGUAUAUCAUUCAUUAACACCAUGGGAGAUGUCAAUCUCGGAUCUACAGAAGUGAAAUGUGUGCUGCCAGCAUCUACGGGUCAGAAUUCACCUGCUUGUUCUACGCAGAGUUCACCAUAUUCUUCAAAUAUUAGUGAAUCGGAAAUUGAUAUCUCGUCGUUGUCACGGCAUUCAUCAUGUUCAUCAUUAAAUCAGCAAAAUGCUCUGUCGAUGCCAGCAGUGACAUCGAAUAAUAUUUCUCCAAACCCCUUGAAUGGAGGGUAUCGAAGUAUCUCAAGAACCUAUAAUAAUGUACGGGUCGAACAAGAUGGUGCAGCACGCAUUCAUCUGUCUUGCGCUCCUGAUAGUGCAAGUGAUGACGAUGUAACUGCAGAAGAUAGUAGUAACAGUGCACAUUUUCGUUUUGAGCGACAAAACACUGUUGAACUAAGCGGAAUUAGAUGGCGUUCACUCAAUGGUGUCACUGGAAAUGGAAAUGAACUAGAACGAAAAACCUCGUUACCACGCACUUUCACACCAUCGCCCAGCGUUUCGGGACGAUCAUCACCAGCAUGUCAUCCAGUACCUUCGCAUUCACGUGUUGCAAAUAUACGUCGAGAAAGUAAUUGCUCAAUUGAAAGCGAACUUGCCCAUGAAAGACUGAUGCAGUUUGCCCAACAGGUAUCACUGGGAUUCGACGAUUUCAGUAUCGGAAGUAGUGAAGAGCGAAAGAGAACGCAUUCCCUCUCGGAACCGAUUUCUGUUUUAACAAAUGCUUUUAUCCCACACAGUUGUUCACCGUCACCAACUCGAUCAGUUGAUAUACAGAAGCAGUGUUAUUCACCCUCAACGCAGCAAAUUGUUCGCAACAACAUCACUUAUUCACCAAGUCCAAGUCCAACGCCCAGUCCUACACGACAUACAAUGCGAAGUCUAAGUCCUAUAGCCGUUCGUCAAGUGAUAAAACGUCGAUAUACCAGUUCAGCUGGUUGCGAAUUGGAUUCUGACCAACGUGCAGCGCGUGUAGCGAAACGAGUUUGUCAUCAACCUCAUAUUGUCAGUCGUGGAUGCGUUUCUCCACUCGCAUUAGAAAAUUCUACAAGUUCCUCCGAAUCGGCAAUCAAAUCUCCGGAAUUGGCGAAUCCGUUUUCUUUCCCUUUUCCACCUCGUCUUCUGGUUGAUCCGGCAAUCGAAGUUAAAAUGCCUCCUCCUCCGAUGGAACUAGACGACGAUGAGGAUUCAGUUAGUGAUCAGAGGACGAGUCUACAGGAAUCGAGUGAAGCGCGCAGAACUGCACAGAUGAGAAAAGACGAGUGA